CCACCUGGCACUUUUCCACAACUGCCCCGCGCAAUUUUCUUUGACAUAUCCGUUCACGGUGGGUUUGCUGAACGACGUGGGAAUCUCAGGAUCUAUAGAUGUUUGCACUGCGGUCCCUGCGCCUGUUCUCACGAAGAAUCCCGUCUCAAUUCACCCUCCAGACUCCCCGUCUGAUCCACACUGGUCUUCCUGCGGAUAUCAAUCGACGUUUGUACGACGUGGUUCAAAGGAUGCAGGAACCUCCCAAGAAACCCGCCCCUCCGCCCAAGAAGCGCAAGCAGCAGCUCCGCGAUGAGAAGCGUCAAGGCUUCGACGAGGUCCUCCAGGCCGAUAUCGAUGCGCUCAUCCGCAAACACAAGCCCGCCACGGAGGUCGAGGUCGAGGUCGAGUACCUGAGCCCCCCAGAGCCAACCUUGCCCGAGCCCUUCACCGAGAUCGAAGUCCAGAUCGCCGAGAUAUCUUCGACGGGGGAUGGUCUGGCACUGUCGGAGGACAAAAGCCACGUCUACGUGGUGCCUUUCAGCGUCCCCGGGGACAAAGUGCUGGUCAAGGUCGUGCGCCACUUCCCCUCGCUCCAUUACAGCAUCACGGACUUCAUCAAGGCUGUUGAGUCUGGCUCCCAGCGCAACGAUGCCGGCAUCGGCUGCCAGUACUUCGGGAAGUGCUCGGGCUGCCAGCUGCAGAUGAUGUCCUACGAGGACCAGCUGGCGCACAAGAAGCGCAUCGUCGAGAAAGCCUACGCCAACUUCUCCGGCCUCAUCCCCGAACUGAUCCCCGCCAUCGGCGACACCUUCCCCUCGCCGCUGCAGUAUGGCUACCGCACCAAGCUCACCCCCCACUUCGCCGCGCCCCCGGGCAGCGGCCGCCGCCGCCACAAGGGCGCCUCGGCCCCGCGACACACCGAGGUCCCGCCCAUCGGCUUCACCUACAAGAACCGGCGCACCGACCUGGACAUCGAAGACUGCCCGCUGGGCACGGACAUCGUGCGCCAGGGGCUCAAGAGCGAGCGCGCGCGCGUGGCCGAGCGCAUCUCCACGUACACGCAGGGCGCGACGCUGCUGCUGCGCGAGUCGACCUCGCGCACGCCCAAGCACGAGACCGACCGCGAGAAGAGCGAGUGGCCGCGCACUGACGAUCUGAACCACGUCAACGACUAUUCGGCGGACCUGAUCCGCACCGAGACCGACGCCUACACCGAGGAGAAGCGGUGCGUGACCAACCCCAACGCCACGACGGUCGAGUACGUCGACGACUACGUCUUCACCAACAAGGCCGGCGCCUUCUUCCAGAACAACAACUCCAUCCUCACCGGUUUCACCGACUACAUCCGCCAACACGCCCUGGCGCCGCCCUCCUCCUCCUCCUCCACAAACACCGCCGACGAACCCCAACCCCACAAUCCAAUCAAAUACCUCCUCGACGCCUACUCCGGCUCCGGCCUCUUCACCAUCACCCUCUCCCCCUUGUUCAAAUCCAGCCUCGGCGUCGACGUCGCCGGCGACUCCAUCCUCUCCGCCCGCCAGAACGCCCGCGCCAACCACCUCCCCAACACCGGCUUCGCCGCCGCCGACGCCGCCGUCCUCUUCAAGGACGUCCCCUACCCCGCCGACCAAACCCUGCUGGUCAUCGACCCGCCCCGCAAGGGGUGCAGCGACGACUUCCUCCGCCAGCUGCUCGCCUACGGCCCCCGCCGCGUCGUCUAUGUGUCGUGCAACGUCCACACCCAGGCCCGCGACGUCGGCGUCAUGGUCCAGGGCAGCGCCCAGCAGAAGAUCCGCUACGAGAUCGAGAGUAUCCGCGGCUUCGACUUCUUCCCCCAGACCGGCCAUGUCGAGGGCGUGGCGGUCCUGAAUCGCGUGCCGAUUCCGGAGGGUUCGGUUUAGUUGUUUGUGGUGGUGGUAGUGGUAGUGGUGACAAGCUGGGGCUGGUGGGGAGUGCGGGAGUGG